AUGGACCAAAUGAAUGUUGAAUUUAAUGUCACAUAUCUAACCUUUAGUGGACAUGUGGAAUUGCACAAAUUCAGAUAUCUGUAUUUCCUGGUCAUGUUUAUUGUGUAUGUUCUGAUAUUCUGCAGUAAUUCCAUUAUCUUGUGCAUCAUUUGGGUUCAUAAAAGCCUCCAUGAGCCCAUGUAUAUUUUCAUUGCAGCUUUGUUACUAAACUCCAUUCUUUUCAGCACCAAUAUCUACCCGAAGCUUUUGAUCGACUUUCUGUCUGACAAACAGGUCAUAACUCAUUCACAUUGUGUCUUUCAGUUUUUUGCCUAUUAUUCUCUAGGUUCAUCUGAGUUCUUACUGUUGUCAGCCAUGGCCUAUGACAGGUAUGUGUCUAUAUGUAAACCUCUGCAAUAUCCAAAUAUCAUGAGAAAAACAACUGUCAGUGUUUUGCUGCUUUUAGCUUGGCUUGUGCCUGCUCUUCAGGUUAUGCCGACAGUUGCAAUGAGCAAUGACUUACACCUGCUGGUUUUAAUGAGCACAUCAAGUUUGUGCUCUUACGAUGUAAUUAUAGCUCGGCUGCAGGUGUAUUUACCCAGUACUGGACGUUUAAUAAUGACUUUACAGUUGAUCAUUUAUCAUCCACUGUUUAAUCCACUGAUAUACGGUGUAAAAAUGAAAGAAAUCUCGAAACACCUAAAGAAGUUGUUGUGUGAAGGACUGAGUGAGGCUGUGACGGAUGAGUUGGCUUCCAUGGAUGAGCCCGCCACACUGGGUCAACUCAUCUCCCUCUCCACCGGUGUGGACAACAGACUCCAGGAACACCACCAGGAGAGAGGGACCCAUGCUUUAGCCACCUCCGUCCUGCACACAGCCCGCCAUGAGCUCUCCAGCUUCCCUCCACUCAGCCCCAUUACCUGUCACUUUGGGAACACCACAUCGGAUGCUCUAUCUCAGUUGCAUUCUGCUGAGGAGGCCCCUAAGGAGCUGGAGCCCAUCCUUAUAUCCACUUGGUUCCUGGUAACCCUCAGCUGUGAGAUAGAAUCCAAGGUCCGUCAAGUCCAGGUGAACCAACCACACCUCGGCAAGGGCCUGACAAACAACCUGUUCGUCCCUGACUCGGUCCACUCUGUAGUCCUUCAGCUGGCCGAUCCAGCCAUCUGA